UCAGUAUUGUAGGCAGCUCAGCAAACCUGUGCAACAAACAACUUCUUAGGUCUACAGCGCUUUCUUUCAACAACCUCUUCUUAAUAAAAACACAAGCUCUAAAAUUUCCAGAUUUAAAUAAGUUUAAAACAACACAAAUAAUAUUCAAAGCAAGAAAUAAUUUACUUCCUAAUGAAAUUAAGGAUUUGUUUUCAGAAAGAGGAGGAGGGUAUGAUUUAAGAGGGAAGCUGAAUUUAAAAAUACUUUAUUGGGUUUUGCUCAUAUUCAAUUUGCUGCAUCGUUCUUGAUACUGUGCUAAAUGUUAAAUCCUGGAAUUUUCCUGCAUAGGACGAUUUUGAUGAGGAAGUUGUGGUCUGCUGUAAUAUUACACGCCCACUUCUCCUGUCACAAGACUAAUGGGGGCUUGACUGUGGGGGCUUUUUUUCUGCCUGUGUGACACAUGUGACAUGCAUAUACAUGCAAAUAGUAGUUCAUUUAUGCAAAUUGUAAAACUCUCAUGGAAAUCAUAUUUGAUGCCCCUCAUGAUGAUGACGUGCAGGAAUAUGUCUUCACUGAGACAGAUGCAAACAGAGAAAAAGCUUCACAGCAGCUGUCAGACUUGAAUUUUGGACUCUGUAAAGUCAGGAUGCAGCAGUUGCUCAGAGGAGCAACAGGUGGCUGUCAACGUGACUGCAGCUUGUGAAUCACUGCUAACAUUUUGCCCCCAGAGAGUUCUUACCACUCCCUAAUUUGUUAACAGACAGUGACCGUUUCAUCCGGCUCACGCGCUGAGGUAAAACCCCCUUUCCACCCACCUCUCUCUCUCCUUUUAAAAAAAAAAGAAAAAAGAAAAAAAAAAGCCCCUCCUGACCCGUUUCAUCACAUGAGAGUUGCUCACUCUUCCUCGGACGGCGGGUUCAGCAGAUUGUGGGCUACAAUGGCAGUGAUCGGUGUUAUAUUUGGGUUCCUCGCGGAAGGAAAUAUGACGCGCGAGGACAGAACGAAGUUGUCCACGCGGCCAAGGAGGUAGCGCUGGCACCGCGAGGUGCGAACAGUUUGGAAGGUGCGUAUACGACAGGCUUUACACAAAGUCCUUACUUUGGAUAUGAUGUGGUAUUUUUUUUCGUGGUAUAUUCACUGUACAAUGCGGAUUACGGCGCGUGCGUAACGUCCAACUUUAGCUACCGUUCUCUGUUUUUUUUGCUAGCAUGUUCUUCUUGGUUUAAACUUGUCCAGAGUUGUCUAUUUUCCAAAGAUAUGUGAGGGUUUAUCAAAUGCACGCAAAAAUCACACACCUUAUCCUCCGUUUUUUAAAAAAAAAAAACAAUAUGGCCAGCUCCCAUGUACGCUGUUCUUGGAUUCCACUUCCCUCUUUAACUUGACUAGUUGCUGCUUUAUUGCAUCUCUUAAAAUCAUUUGGAUUUUUUGCGCUUGUUAUGGCACCUGUUCUGUAAGAGAAGCAGCUGUUGUUUUGGUGAGCAUUUCCAGCAGCACUAUGAAAGCAACAGGUGCUCUGUCUGCGCGCAGACAAGAGUCCAAAACAUUUUGCACACUGGAGCCUGAAGGAUGAAGGAGGAUGUGAAUUUUCUGUGGAUAGCUUUGGUUUUAUUUACGAGACAAAAACAGCAUGCAGGAGUCACCGCUGACACUGGCAAGCAGCUGCUGUUGCCGGGGCUCGUUGUCAUGCGUUCACUCUGAGCUUGGUGGCGCCUCCCUCAGCGGCGUGGUGGUAGGAUGCCUGUGCAGGCAGCCCAGUGGACAGAGUUCCUGUCCUGUCCCAUCUGCUACAAUGAGUUUGACAGCAGCGGCCACCAGCCAAUCAGUCUGGGAUGCUCCCACACGGUGUGCAAGACCUGCCUCCACAAACUGCACCGCAAGGCCUGCCCCUUUGACCAGACCCCCAUCAGCACCGACAUCGACCUGCUGCCGGUCAACUGCGCCCUGCUGCAGCUGGUUGGAGCUCAGGUGCCCGAUGUUCUGCCAGUCAGCCUGAGCAGUGCAGCAGAAGUUGAGCACUAUGAGGCCUGCAGGAUUUGUGUGGAGGAACUGGCUCUCUACCUAAAACCUAUCAGUGGUGCGAAAGGCGUGGCCAGUUUGAGUCCGAGCGUGCUCAGCAGGCCCAUGCAGAGGAAGCUGGUGACCCUGGUGAACUGCCAACUGGUGGAGGAGGAGGGCCGUAUACGGGCGGUGCGGGCAUGCCGAUCUCUGGGAGAACGGACUGUAACAGAGCUCAUCUUGCAGCACCAGAACCCCCAGCAGCUCUCUGCCAACCUCUGGGCAGCUGUGAGAGCACGAGGCUGCCAGUUUCUGGGACCUGCUAUGCAAGAAGAUGCACUGAAGCUGGUUUUACUGGCUCUGGAGGACGGUUCAGCUCUGUCCAGGAAGGUGCUGGUUUUGUUUGUUGUCCAGAAACUUGAGGCUAGGUUCCCCCAGGCCUCCAAAACUAGCAUCGGCCACGUGGUGCAGCUGCUCUACAGGGCCUCCUGCUUCAAGGUGACAAAGCGUGACGAGGACUCCUCUCUGAUGCAGCUGAAAGAGGAGUUUCGUACAUACGAGGCACUGAGGAGAGAACAUGACGCUCAGAUCGUCCACAUCGCCAUGGAAGCCGGAUUGCGAAUCUCACCUGAGCAGUGGUCCUCUCUGUUGUAUGGAGACCUGGUCCACAAGUCGCACAUGCAGUCCAUCAUUGACAAGUUGCAGUCUCCGGAGUCAUUUGCAAAGAGCGUUCAGGAGCUAACAAUCGUUCUGCAGAGGACAGGAGACCCUGCCAACCUCACAAGCCUUAGACCACAUCUAGAGCUCCUAGCCAACAUAGACCACAACCCAGAUGCUCCCACACCAUCGUGGGAGGAGCUGGAAAGUGUUAUGCUGGCUGUAAAGCUGGUGGUUCAUGGACUGGUGGAAUUCAUUCAGAACUUCAGCAAGAAGAGCCACGACACUCCACAGCCUCAGGCCAACAGCAAGUAUAAGACCAGUAUGUGCCGAGAUCUUCGUCAGCAGGGAGGCUGUCCGCGAGGAACCAACUGUACAUUCGCACACACGCAAGAUGAGCUGGAAAAAUUUAGACUAAGGAACAAGAAGAGCAGCAGUGUGGGUCGCGUGUUCCCUCCGGCCCCGGGUGUUAUGAGUAAAACCUUCACCUUAGAGGGCAGCAUCCACACUGAUGUGUCUGCAGGAAUGGAGCAGGGCCUCAAAGGCACUGGGGAGAACACAUCUCCCAUGACAGAGGGAGUUCCGGGUCUGACUCACCCGCCGCUGAUCCCCAGGGGGGCGGACAUGAUGGAGGAAAUGAAGAGACCUGUGCCAAAUGGAACCGGUUCAGCUAAUGGGUCCAACAGGUUAUCUGGCACCAACAGAAACUCAUUAGGAUCAAUUGAGCAAAAGCCCAACUCUCCUCCCAGGACUCCAGUCAGCCACUCAUCAUCAUCAUCAUCUCCCUUGUGCACAGCUGGCCGUGCUGAAGGCAGUGCUCCUCUGCCCAGGCAUGGUCAGUUCAUUCUGCCAUCACCACAUCCUUCUCAGGCGUCAGAGCUCUACUACCAGGACCCCCACCCUGCUUAUGACUCUGCUCACUUUCAACCGACUUCAGGUUCCUACUACCCAUCUACUCUUCAUCCUCCACACAAGCCUUGCAUGGCUCGCUUCCUUCGAUCCUCCAAUGUCCCAGAAUCCUCUCUGCCACCUUCCAUGGGAUCACCAUCAUCUUCUUUCCCUAAUGACCCUCAGACCCAACAUCCACCUUCUUCCUCUUCCUCUGGAUACCCACCACACCCGCCUAGAGAUCGGAUGGGAGCUCCUGCCUUUCAUCCUCACCCAGGGCAGCCUCAGUAUGGGCCUCUAGCUCCUGCUCAUGGUGUUUAUGCUCCCCUCUAUGACAGCAGGAGAGUUUGGAGGCCUCAGCUGUACCAUAGAGAGGAUGCCAGGAGUAACUCACUGCCUCCAGAGGUUCUUCAUUCCUCUGUCUACCAGCCUCCACUCAGGGAGAGAUUCAACUCUCUAGAUAGCAACUACUGUUCAGGAGCUGAACACCGUGCAGGGCUACACAGGGACUACAGCCGUGUUCCUCUUGGCUACGAGGAUCUCUUCAGAAGGAAGCAGGAGCAGUGGGCUAGUCAUCAUCACCAUCACAAUGCCAGCAGACCCUCCCAGUCUUCCCCCAUCUUCACCAUUGAUUUCCAAACAGAGCAUGUGGAAAGCAGUGGAGGUCAGUGUGUGGGAUGCAGGUACAGAGGUGAGGAAAGCUUGACGCACUACUCUCCAUGGUCCUGUGGUACCAUUGGGCCCUGCCUCAGCCCCUUUGAGCCUGAAACUCUCACCCACACCUCGACUCAUUCCUGCUCAGACCGCCCGGAGAUGGAGAGUAACGAAGCAGGAGGUGGCAGUGUUAAUGGUGGUGGGAAACGAUGGCUGCAUUCAUUGGAUCACUACCGGCGCUUAAAGGAUGAGGAUCCGAUCAUUCCCUUUAGCGAGGGGCCCAUUAUCUCAAAGUGGGGUGCCAUCUCUAGAGCGUCUCGCACAGGCUACCACACCACUGACCCUGUGCAAGCCACAGCCUGCCAGGGCAGAGCUAAUACCACACCCAUCAACUUUAAAGAUUACAACCCUCACCUAGAUCACAGUGACUACAGGUGGAGCUCCAGGGGAUCAGACUCUUCCAGCCACUCCAGCUUCCUUGAAAGUGAGCACUUUUGUGGAUCAGACCUUCACGGUCGUCGAACUUCAAUAAGCAGUGGAGAGAAAAUCGUGUCUGACCUGCAAGCUCAUCAGGCCGCCUUCAGUCACAAUCAGGACCGAGCCGAGAGUGAACCAGACCCGGGUCGAGACAUUGAGCUUGAACUGCGUGCUCUAGACAUGGAGGAUUCAGAUCACCAGGAGAUCAAGUCUCAGGAGUCUUUAGAUCUGGCCAGCCCACGCUCUCAGGAAGCUUCCCACCUGCUCCCGCCUCCUCACUCAUCUCCCCUCCUCUCAUCCUCUACAGAGGAGCACACCCAAACAGAAGGUCUUAUGACAGAAAAGAUGGAUGUCCACCUGCUAAAAAAGAUGGCCUUUAGGAAGUCUCUUUCUCCAGGAGGUCUGGUCUCAGGAGGUCUGGGCAUUGGGAAGUUGGUGCUGCGAACUGGACCCCCUCGACAGGGUGACACCUCCACCAGGGCUUGUCCUGAAACACCUGGGACAGAGAUGCUGCUCAAUGGAAGCUAAGGGGCGGGGGGGACAAAGCCUGACCUACCCUGAAGCAGAGCUGAGUCACCUGCCCACAACCAGAAUGUGCUUAAAAGGAAUACAUCAAUUCCAGCCUUUCAUUACCAUCAGUAAUAUGCCUAAAAGAAACAUGAUGGUUUUAGAUCAGCAGUCUGUACUUUGUCACAUUGCACG